AUGCAAUCGAGGGAUGAUCAACCGCAACGCGAAACACUCACCCCGACCGUACUGAGGCUUUCUGAAAGAAGAAAGUUUCUUUUUCUGGCUGAGGAAUUUCCGCGAUCUCCUUUGUCUUCAAGUUUGAAGAUGAACGGACUCCGUCGCACAUUUAGUUUUCGUAAAAAAUCGAAAAAACGAAGCGAGACCGCGGAUGGUUCAAAACCCCAACAAUGGUUGGACGAUGAGGCCAAAAUCAAGGACGGGUGCUGCAGUUUUCAAGUGAAGUAUUUGGGCAAUAUCGAAGUGUAUGAGUCUCGGGGUAUGCAAGUAUGCGAGGAAGCCAUAAAAGCUCUUCGCAAAAAAAGCCGCAAAAAGCAAUCCUCUAUGUCAGUGCAUUUAAUUGUGGAUCAGACGAUUGAGAAGGUUUCGUUUUGUGCUCCGGAUCGUGGCCACGAGAAAGGAUUUGCUUAUAUCUGUCGAGAUGGCGCUACAAGACGGUGGAUGUGCCACGCAUUUUUAGCUGUUAAAGAAUCGGUAAGUUUAGAUUUUACGUUAUUUUACUGGUUUAAUUCAGAAUACCCAUCGGGCAUCUACACGGAGAUACCAAUAAGGAUAUCCAAUGUGGCUCAAAAUCUCAAUGGCUUAUGUGUUUUUGAUAGAUAUCUUACAAUCAAGCCUGUUUCUCUCUCUUCCAUAGCUUUUACUAAACCGUUUCUUUUGUCACCAACUCCCAUGGAUUUUGUUUUGCCAUAA